UGAUAAUCUCAAAUGACAAACGUCAGUUUGGGCAAACUUUUUAACCUGAAUGCAUAGGAACACAAUAAAAAAUAUGUACAGAUUUCAAAGAAAGAAGUGCGCAAUAUCAAAUAUUCAUCUAAAUUAGACGAUAACGAAGCCCAAACUCAAACUAAAAAAACGUUCAAAAUGUUUUGCAGAUUAAGAACAGGCUAUGGAUAUCCGGGUGGUCUAAUACACAGAUGUUUAAGUUCAGCAGAAGUUUCCACUGCUUUGAGGCCAUUUUAUUUUAGAGUCCAUCCUGAUUUAUUUGGAAAAUAUCCCGAACAAAGAAAAAUAAAUGAAAUUUCUUUGCAACAACUGAGUGCAUUAUUAGAAGCUCAACAAUCUAGUCGAAAUACUUCUGUAUCAACACUUCCAUUUUAUUUAAGAAAAAAAGAUGUCCCAGAAGGUCAAUUUGAAUUAGUAAACAUAAAGUUGGAUAGCAAUAAUGUAAGAGAAACUGUAGUCAAAGUUUUAAACGCCUGUGAUAUUUCUACAAGUUAUAUAGACAAAAUUCCAAGGACACAAGAAAGGAAAACACAGUUUAGUGAGGAUUUUCAUAAAGCAUAUGAAAAGUACAAAGACGAAUUUGAUAAAGCAAUGCAGAUGAAAAGAAAGGUGGAAGAAAAGAAAGCAGUAUCAAAUAUAAUUGAAUGGGUUUUAGACAACAGCAAGAUAGCAAGAGAAAAGUAUGAUUCAACUCAAGCAACCAGAAACCAAGUGCAAUCUCUUAUAGAAAAACUAUGCAAGACAUAUGGUAUAAAAGAAGUUAAAUAUGACAGUGGUUGGAAUAUAAGUCAUAUAAGGGGAGCACUGCAAAGUCUUACAUCUAUGGCAUCUCAACAUCCACAACAUAUGAUAAAUUUAAAAGGUAAAUUUCACAUAUUUUCUUUCAUAUUUUUUUGUUAUUUAUUUAUAUUCAUAUACCUCUCUUGUGCAAGUGUUUGGAACAAAACUCGAACUUCGAAUAGACCUUUUUAUUAAAAAAAAUAUCUGUAUUUGUUACCUAGGUCUGA